AAAAAAAAAAAAAAAAAAAAAAAGAAAAUGUUAUAAAAACUGGACCCAGAGAGUUUUUUUUAAUAAAUUCAACCCUUUAGAGCACAAAAAUUCUGGUGUGAUGUAAACUUUUUUAGAGUAUAGAAAGAGGUGAAAGCCUUCCCAGCUAAUUUUGCAGAGAAAUUUUGAUACCAAGUGUUAAUAAUGUAUCAAUACAAUACUGAUUCAUUAAUUGUGAGAAAUAUACCAUCUCACUAAUGUAAGAGCUUAGAAAUAGAGAUGCAAACAAUUUCUAAAUAAAAUACCAACAAAUUGAAUGUUGUUCUUUAUAGUCAGCUGGACCCCUCACCCCAAGAACAUUAAGAAAUGUAUUAAUAUGUUGCAUCAGUAGAUCUAAGGAGAAAAGUCACUUAGUCAUCUGAUGCCAAGAAGCUAUUUGGUACUAUUUAUUAUCUGUCCUGGUUUUAAAACUACAUGCAGGACCAGCAGGAUACUACCUUAGUUUAUUUUGGAACAUCUGGUUGACCCCAACAGCCCUCCUUAGUGGGAAGAAGUAGAGGAGGAUUUUCAAACAUGGAGACCUACUCAUUGUUUCUACCUCUAGGAAUUUAUCCCAUAGAACUACUUGCACAGGUGCAAGACUGUUCUGCAGUGUUCUUUAUAAGAGCAAAACUUUAGAAGUAACUUGAAUAUCUAUGAAUUGGGGGCUGUGUUUAAUAAAUCAUGGCAUAUUUACAAGAUAGAAUACGAAGAAGUCAUUACAGUAACUACAGUAGACCUAAAAGUAUUGGUUUGGAAAGACUCUUUCCACCACAGGUUAGUUUUGCCUGUUUUUGAGUUUAAUAUCAAUUGAGUCAUAUACUAUACUCUUUUGUGUCUGGCUGUUUUUAAACUCAAGGUUAUGGUUGUGAGAUUCGGCCUUGCUGUGUACAGCAGUAGUUGGUUUAUUCUCAUUGCUGUGAAGUUCCUUUGUAUGAAUAUACCACAAUUUAAUUACUGAUAGCUUGUAUAAGUUUUAUGGUCAGAAAACUCAGAUAGUUUAAAAAGUGAAAUUUGAUUGAAGUUACAGCUCCAAUUAGAGGUAUUUUAUAACUUGAUACUUCUAUGCAACAUUAGUCUGCAUUUAUCUAACUCGAGUUAGCUCUCCCAUCUUCUUUAUCCCCUUUUUAUUUCUCUCUUUUGGGUUCAUGGUCUCCACUACAGAAUGAAAGGGAAACAGGAAAGAGAUGAAACCUGAAUCCCUUAAUUGUGCCUCUCAUUACUGCUCUGGCUCAGGAAGAAUAAAGUGGGGUAGCUCUUUCAUUAAGGUACCCUUCCCAGUAACUGUGAUGCAGACAUUCAAAGCAAAUCUCUAGUACAAGAUAUAAUCUGAUACUGUUGCAGCCAAUGUUUUCUAGUUCCAUAGUUAAGUGGCUCAGAGCCAUAACCAAAUCUUCCUAAUUUUAGAUUGUUUGGCUUACCUUUCACAUCCAUUUAUUUAGGUUUAAUAUAAAAUUUAAUAAGGCAAUCCUAACUUGAAAGUUGAAAUGGACCUUAGAGAUCAUCUCAACUGGUGUUCGAAACCUGGUGGAUGAGGAGGUGGUGUCUCUCCUGGUCUGCCCAGCCUACAUAGUGGUGGGGACCCAAUCCAGAAUAGGCUCCUGGCUUACAUUUUGGAGGCAAUGCUUUCUCCUUAGUCAAGAGCCUUUUGGAGCUCCUUUACAAAAGCAGUUAGCCCUUGCUUGUUCAUUUGUUUGCCCUUCUCUUGUUCAUUUGUUUCCAGCAUUUACUCUGUAGGCUUUAAGUUACUAAGCAGUUACUUCACAGUUUGUAAUUGUGUUUGAUUUGAUUCUUAUUUCUAGUCAUGGGCAAUAUAGCCCUUCAGUUUUAAAAGAUUUAUUCUAAAUUGGCCAUGGAAGAAUUCUGGUUUUGUCACUCUCUAAAAUUCAACCCAAAGUCCAAUUCUAUUUGAGUUAGCAUUCUGAGAGUAUAUCCAUAUUAUUAAGGUAGUAAGUGUAUGAAGUAACUUUUUUAUGCGUUGCUUUUCAGGAGUAGAGGUUUACCACUCUUAGGUGACUAAGCAGUAUCACAAAUAAACCCUCCAGCAAGUUUAAAAAUAAUUAGGUCCAACUCAGAGGAAGUGGAGUUUCUCCUGUUGCACAAAAAUGAUGUCUAGCAGCUCCAGUGAAAUCGAUGUGGUUUGUAUUCAAAUUGAAAAUCUGUCUUUGUUCUUUUUAUUGUGCUAUACUUCUAUUCUAAAUUUAAUUUAAUUUUAUACAGUGAAAUGCAUAGAUCGUAAGUAAAUUUUUGUUAUGUAUUUUAACAGUAAUAUAUAAAGUUCUUGUGACAAUUUGUGUACAAGUUUCUUUGUGAACACACACUCAUGUUCCUUUUGGGUGAACAGACAGAAGUUGAAUUACUAGGUCAUGGAGUUCAUGUAAAUUUAACUCUGUGAGAAUCUGCCAUACAGUUUUUCAAAGUGGUUGUGCUGUUUUUACAUUUCUGUUAUAUUCUUCUGUCUUUCUUAAUCCUUCAAGUUGAAUCAGUAUGUAGAUUAUUAAACUAUAAAUAAUAUGGCUUAACAGAAAACAUCUUUUUUUGUUACAUAAGCACAUAGAUAUUAAUGCCACCUAAGUAGUCUAGGCAAUUCUCUUAACUACUAUCAGUCCUGAUGUUUUUCAAAAAUCUUUGGAGAUAAUGUUAACUGCCUACCAAGAGUCAUUUUUCUCUGACAUAACUAUGUAAAAGCACUUUGAAAAGCAUAAGGCACUAUACAAGGGUAAGAUAGUAUAUUUUUAAAAGUACUAAACUGUAACCCAAUUCCAUAUGUUUUUGUGAUUUCUAUCAUGUAUUUUGAAACAAAAACAUACAUAACUACCAAGUAUGUUUGUUAUAAAAUUAUUCCCAUAGUUCAUAAUUCAUUCUUAGAAUGAAGAGUUAUUAUACUGAAAUGUAAUGGUUAUUUACUCCUUACUUAUUUAUACCCUGCCUUAUUUUUUGAAGUUUUAAGGUACUUUAGAGAUUAAUUUAUCAAGAAAAGCAGGUGCUCAAAUAUUUUCUAUCUUGUCCACAGAGGGGCACUGUUGGGUUAUUUAGAAAUCAAAAACCAUGUAACAUUUAUUUCUUUGUUCAUGGUUAGAAAUACUUGCUUUUAAAGUAGUUCUGGUGCUAAAGGACUAGUCUUUCUACCAUGAAGCAUAUAAAGGGUUAAGCUCAGUGAAAACUGUUGUCUUAAGUGUAGUUGGGUUAAUGAGAACACAGUUCUGCAAAUACAUCUUUUCACGUAGUCAUAGUAUUUACAAUGAGCAAAGGUCCUUUGAUAUCAGAAAUAGGCCUUUGUAACCUCUUGAAAGUGAAAUUUAAACCCUCAACUUUUCUUUUAGUUCUGUCUUUCAUCUUUCCUUUUAAUUUGUUGAUAAAUCUUCCUCAGGUAAAAACAAGAAUACCUACUUAUGAUGAAGAUGACGACACUAUUCUUUAUGCAUAUGAAACAAAACCUGAUUUUGUCAAUAAAGAACCGAAUACUGUAUCUGAUGCAUCCUGUAAUACUGAAGAGCAACAGAAGACAGUUAAUGAUGUCCUUAUCCAUUGCCAGGUUAUAUAUGAUGCUAUGCAAAACCUGGAUAAGAAGAUUGAUGUGAUUCGUAGAAAGGUUUCAAAAAUCCAACGUUUCCGUGCAAGAUCCCUGUGGACAAACCGUAAGCGAUACGGAUACAAAAAUUAUUCUUACCAGCUUGCUAAAAAGCUGAAACGCCAGAAAAUGAAGAAAAAUGAGGUUCACGAGUCAUUCUCCUACCCUGAAAGUUAUAGCCCCACUUUGCCAGUGUCAAGGCGUGAGAAUAAUUCCCCGAGCAACCUUCCAAGGCCAUCCUUUCGCAUGGAAGAAUACCAGCGAGCUGAGCCGGAGGAGGACCCGAUCCUCAGCCGCACUCCGAGUCCAGUGCAUCCCUCAGAUUUCUCCGAGCAUAAUUAUCAGCCGUAUUAUGCAUCUGAUGGUGCAAUGCAUGGUUCUUCUUCAGGGCCCUGCCUUGGCAACCCUGGGGCUAACAGCAUCUACAACACUUACUCGACUGACCAUGCUUCUGCAGCACAACCUUCAGGUAUGCUGGCCCAGGGAGAGCCCAGUUUGGUACAUGCCCCUGAGAUGAUGAGUUACUCAGCUUUGAUGGAGAAUAGGUACACUGGAUCAUCUCUCUGCUUCCCUUCUGGUUUUGUUACAAGCUCACCAUUUGAAAAUGACCGUUAUAUAGAGGAAGGAAGCAUCACUAAGCACCCUUCAACCUGGUCGGUGGAAGCAGUGGUCCUAUUUCUAAAACAAACAGAUCCUCUUGCAUUAUGCCCUCUUGUCGACCUCUUCAGAAGCCAUGAAAUUGAUGGGAAGGCUCUGCUCCUACUCACGAGCGACGUGUUGCUGAAGCACUUGGGGGUGAAGCUGGGAACGGCUGUGAAGCUAUGCUACUACAUUGACCGACUUAAACAAGGAAAAUGCUUUGAAAAUUGAAAAAAUCCUUGUGCAAAUUUAGAUUGGGCCAACUUCUAGAGGUACCAAUGCCUUCUUAGUGUAGAAUCAUUUUUCUGCCCUUUAGUCGUUUUUGUUUUGUAGAAAGUAUCACUCAAAAUAUAUUAUAGCUAGAAUUGUAGAACUAUGUUAUAGUCCAGUCUACUUCUUUAAAAACCAUUUAACUGCUAGAUAGUAUUAGAAUAGUCCAAUAGGAAAUUCAUUCUUCAUAGGUCUUUAAACAUUACUUUUAUUAUAUUGUUUACAAAUAUAUUUCAUGCAAGCAACAGAAAAACAAAACCAAAAAGCAAAAAAAACCUUUGAUUCUGGUUCAUCUCGAUACAGAGAACCAAAACAGCUAAGAGAGGUAUUAUCAGGGGUUGACAACUUCUAUGAUUGAAUCUAUGGGAAUUAUUCCCCAGAAGAGAAUUUAAAGGUAUACCCAUAGAUAUCUCUUUCUGGAGUAUUUUAUCUGUCUGAUGUUGCGGUGUUCUACCAGUUUCCAGAAAGAGAAUAGCCAUAUAAAUUCUUUUCCUUUCUGCUAUUAUUUCUCUAUGUGUUUUAUUUAUUCAGAUUUAGAGAAAAAAAUAAGCUCAUAAACUUUUAUUAAGUGCUCCUAACAGUUUUAAGAUAAACUAUAAGAUAGAUAGAAUAGUUAUUUUAUGCAAGAAAUAUUGUACCGCAAGGGUGGUUUGGAUGAAGUCUGACUACUUUUUUUCAAACAAACUAUUAUAUUAAAACUUUCAUAUUUUGGCUAAGUUUGGACAUAUAACUACACUUACAUUGUUUGCAUCUCUCUAUGAAGAUACCUCUGUCCAAACUUUUAAAAGACAUAACUUUAUUUUAUGUGUUUAUUCUUUAUAUAGAUAGUAUUUUAUAUUUUAUUCUCACCUAAAGUAUACACACAAGUAAUCUUUUUUAAAAAAAUUUAAAAUGGCAUUUUGUAUUGCCACAGAGGUGGGAUGAGCCAUAUAUUAGUGAGAUGUUUUAUUUUGUAAAAUGUAAAUGGAUUAUUUGCCAUCACUAGUACCUCUCAACUUACUUUUUAGAGGACAAGAAACAAUCUGUAGAUUGGUUUCCAUACAGGGAAGUUCUCUGUCCUAUGCAAUGUUUCUAAUUAAUUUGCUUAAUUCUGAGCCAUUAAUCCUGCUACACUUUGAAUGAUACAUUAAUUCAGACUAAUCUUUGGAGGCUUUAUUUUGUAAGUUAGAACUUUCAAGGGAAACAUGUUCAACACUAUUAUUUUGUUACAAAUUUAUAACUUUGUUAUUACAUUGUAUAACAAAUACAAGGUUUAUAAGCUAUGAGAAUUGGUGCUAUCACCAUUAGCUAUUCGUUAUAAAUGUCAAGAAAAUGUUCACCAGGUGCAAGAAUGUACCUUUUCUUUUUAGAAAGCCAGAUGUACUUUAGACAUGAAUGCAACUAUUUAAAGAAUAGCUUCAUCUAUGUUAUUCCUUAUAUGUCAAAAGAUUCUUACUUAAACUUGGUCUUCUUUCAAAUUGUUUGUAUGAAGAUGCUGUACCCACUUGAACAGUCCUCAGGUGUUUACAUAAAUACUAUGUUUUACAGUUUUCAUAUUUUAAAAUAUUAAUAAAAUUAAAUCACAGUAGUUCAU